AAGGAAGAGACCGCCGUUUAUUACUUGAGCAGAAGUAAAAGACCUUGGGCUUUGGUGGUGGGUCUACUACCGGACACUUAUUAUUACGUGAAAGUAAUGGCGUAUAAUGCCGCCGGGGAGGGAUCCGAAAGCGAGAAAUAUUUGGAGAGGACGUACAAAAAAGCUCCGCAGAAGCCGCUGUCCUCGGUCAACGUGUUCGAGAUGGAUCUGUCGACGAUCAGAGUGACCUGGUGUUACGUGCAACCCAGUUUAGAGGAGGAGUCGUUGAUCGGUUAUAAGAUCAGAGUCUGGGAACUGGAC